ACACUCAUUGUGUGCUCCUAAAUCAUCAAAAACACACACAAACACAUAAAAAGAAAAUGUCUGACUUUGAGUUCUUCCUCUUAGUAUCUCUUCUAAUCUUUAUUCUAUACGUUAUUCUCAAUCUUUUUAAAAGAAAUAGACCUUCAAAUUAUAACCUUCCACCCGGAAACAUGGGUUGGCCAUUCAUCGGUGAAACCAUCGGUUACCUCAAGCCAUACUCGGCGACCACCACCGGGGCAUUCAUGGAACAACAUGUAUCAAGGUUUGGAAAGAUAUACAAAUCGCAUUUGUUUGGAGAGCCAACGAUAGUUUCGGCUGAUCCAGGGUUAAAUAGGUAUAUAUUGCAAAAUGAAGGGAGGUUAUUUGAAUGUAGCUAUCCAAAGAGCAUAGGAGGGAUUCUUGGCAAAUGGUCCAUGUUGGUUGUGGUUGGGGAAAUGCAUAGAGACAUGAGGCUAAUCUCACUCAACUUCUUGACCAAUUCUAGGCUCAAGACUCAACUCUUGAAAGAAGUUGAAAAACACACUUUGUGGGUGUUAGAUUCCUGGAAAGAAAACACACCUUUUUGUGCCCAAGAUGAAGCCAAGAAGUUUACUUUCAAUUUAAUGGCGAAACAUAUCAUGAGUUUAGACCCGGGUGAACAAGAGACAGAGCAAUUAAAAAAAGAGUAUGUAACUUUCAUGAAAGGUGUGGUCUCUCCACCUUUAAACUUCCCUGGAACUGCAUACUGGAAAGCUUUAAAGUCUAGAUCAACAAUUCUUAACUUCAUUGAAGUUAAAAUGGAGGAAAGGCAACAGAAAUUAGAUGAAGGGAACGAUGUGGAGAAAGUCGAAGAUGAUUUACUUGGAUGGGUACUAAAGAAUUCAAACCUCUCAAAAGAGCAAAUACUCGACUUGGUGUUGAGUUUGCUCUUUGCUGGCCAUGAAACCUCUUCGGUCUCCAUAGUCUUAGCCAUUUACUUCUUGGAAAGUUGUCCAACCGCGGUUCAUCAACUUAGAGAAGAACAUGAAGAAAUUGCCAAGGCCAAGAUGCUAUCAGGACAAAAGGAUUUGACUUGGGAUGACUACAAAAAGAUGGAAUUUACACAAUGUGUAAUCAAUGAGACGCUAAGAUUCGGAAAUGUGGUGAGGUUCCUACAUAGAAAGGCUAUAAAAGAUGUUCGUUAUAAAGGUUAUGACAUUCCAUGUGGGUGGAAAGUGCUACCGGUGAUUGCAGCAGUGCAUUUGGAUCCUACAAUUUUUGAUCAACCUCACGUUUUUGAUCCAUGGAGAUGGCAGGGAAGCGUCCCAGCCACGACGUCCCCAAAUAAUUUCAUGCCAUUCGGAGGAGGGCCCCGAUUAUGCACUGGAUCAGAAUUGGCCAAAGUAGAGAUGGCGAUAUUUAUCCACCAUUUGGUCCUAAAAUACCACUGGGAAUUGGCUGAUUCUGAUCAACCUUUUGCUUAUCCAUAUCUCGACUUUCCAAAAGGUUUACCAAUAAGAAUUCGUCGUAUCAAAACAGUCUGAUUGAUGAUCCAAAAUUCAGAAAAGACAGACUACGAAAGCAUCCAAAAUAUUUAAAUCAUAAGGAGACUAGACCUCAUCAAAUCUUAAGUUUGGUGGGAGAGAAUCAAUUAACAAAUGAAUGGCUCAGAUAUGUCCAUGUUGAUAUUGAAGAUGAAAGUUGCUUGGAGCUUUCCAAAGGACAAUUUUCUCUCCACUUGAAUCAAGUGGGAUUCUAAAAUUAAAUUAAAUUAUAUUAAAUUGAAUUAUUAUAAAUUAAAGUAUAUAUAUUUAUAUAUGUAGUUAGAUACAAUAUAUAUGUCUAGUUUGAUCGUACAUUAUAUAUACCAGGUGACUUUUAAUUUUAAUACUAUUAUAUAUUGGUUUA